CCCUGUAGCAGCAGGCGCCGCCAGGCUUCGGUGGCAGUAGUAACCCCGUCUCUGCACGCCCCUGCGUCCUGGCAGGAGUUCCAGGUGUGAGCAGACAGGACAGAACUUAUCCACCCCACCCUCCAAAUUAUCAGGUCCUCUCCUGGCAGCUGCAGUGUUACUUCUCUGCCACACCAGGGGCAGGAGACAGGAGGUCGGCUCAGCCCAGCCCCGGGGCCCUCGGUGCCCCGGAGCCCUGUGGGCUUUAUUCCGAGGUCUCCUUUAAUUGCCAAGUUGUGGAUUCCACGCACACACCGUGAGAGGGGUGGUGUCUGGCACGGGGCCAGAGGGUGGAGGAGACUAGCCUGUUUCUUUGCUCUCUGUCUCCCUUUCCUGGCUUGUUCCUUUCUGAGGUCAAGCCCCAAAUCUGGGGGCAGAAGUCUGGGGCGAGUAUGGUGACGGGGGUGGGGGGCGGGCUGGCUGACGCUCAGCUCGUAGCUGCUGCUACCCCCUGCGGCCCUUGGGUAAUGUGCGGGGUUGCUGUCCCUCUGCCCUCAGCAGAGAGGUAAAUGUGAUUCUUCAACUUGGCAGGAGAGAAACUGGGGCUGAAAGGUCAAAUUGCUCCACUCGAUCAUUCGCUGCCUCUGUGCCAGCCUGGGCUGGCACUGCACUCAGAAGGUGAAUAAAAGUUGCUUUUUUCCCAGCCCAGAGGAGAGCUACUGGGAAGAGUAGAGGUGUUGCUGCCAGGGUGCCUGCCCUUGAGCUCCUCUGCCGUAUUUUAAAACACCAGGAGGUUUCCAGGGAGAGCCCCCAGGAGUGGCUCCUGCACCUCCAUGACAGUCCCUUCGGGUUGGGCUGGUCACCAUGUGAUGACAGUGAAGUUUGUGCAGCAGCAACUGCACGUAAUGGCUUCACUGACACACACACGUGCUUAAUCUUUCCGCCCACCCCGGGAGGUAGAUGUCCUCCCUGAUUUGUAGGCAAGAAAAUGGGGUCAUGUAGCUUGUCACUGAGAGAGCUGGAAUUUAAAUCAAGGCUGUCUGAUUCUUAUAAUUAAUAGUGACAGUGAUAAUAAGUUAUAGUUGAUGUUUAUCAGGUGCCUACCAGUUUUCUGUGUGCUGGCCAGUUUUCUCAGAACUUGAUAUUGACUAAUUUAAUCUUCACAGUAACCCUAUGUAUUACUAUUAGUAUUAUAAUCCCCAUUUGAGAUGUUAGAAAUUGGAAGCAAAGGUUUAUACAUUACCCAAGUUCACACAGGCAGGAGCGGGCAGAGUAGGGAUUAACUUGGGCCUAUCUGCCUUUUCACCAUGAAGCUACUGGGAUGAUCAGUCAGAAUCUCCUUUGGCUGUAAGAGACAGAAACUCCCCUCCCAAUAACAGUGGUGUAUAUAGAAGUUUAUUUCUGUCUCGUAUGAAUGAAGCCCAGCAGUGAGUAGCUCAGAGCUCAGGUGGCAUCUGCUGCAAUCUUGUCACUCUGCCGUCCUUUUGGUAGCUUUUAUGCCACAGCCCAAGGUGGCUGCUUCAGCUCCACCCAUUGCAUCUGCAUCCCAGACGUUAGGAGGCAGGAGGGGCUGAAGAGAGGCAUCUUCUCCCUUUAAGAAGAAUUCCCAGAACUCUCCUGUGAUCUUUCUUUUCACAUCCUAUUGGUCAGGACACAGUCACAUUGCCACAUCCAGCUGCACGGAGGCUGGAAAUCGUGUGAGAACCCAAAAAACGAGGGCUCCCCACUCAGGAAGGGGUGGGUGGGUGACUGUUGGAACAGCCUCGUCUCCUGCACUCUGGUUGUCCCCUAGGACAGCGCUGGGCGUCGGGUGGCUGCCUGUGACCCUGCCAUGCUGUGUGACCUACCCAAAGUCACCAGGUAAAGGGCUAAAGAGGGAGACUCUAGCCCUCGGCACCUGUGCCCUGCCCGGCCUCGCUGCCCGUCACUGGGUGCUGGGUCCUGCCUGGCUUGAACUCCAGCUGCCACCCCCCCGCCCCCACCACAGGGGCACAGCAGGUAGGACGGGGCCCACAGGCGUGUGGAGCUCCUGCCCGGGUGCGGCAGCCAGCGAGGGGCGGAGUGAGGCCUCCUCAUUCAGCUGCCGGGGCGGGUUCAGGCCCCGGCUCCCCUGACCACACUGUGUGACCCUGGGCAGGGCUGUCCCCUCUGGGCUCAGUUCUCUUUCUUUCAGGGAAGGGGCAGACGAGGAGUCACAGGAUUGCCUUUUGCAAUCACAGAUUCUUUCAGACGGGAACAGGUGUAAAGAAAGCAUGCCCAGCACCUGCACUUGCUACACAGCUUUAAAAAGAAAGUCUCUCCAGCUUCCGGCGGCAUUAACAAACCUUGCAGAGAGCUUAUUCUGUGUUUGACGCCCAUGACUCAUUUUGCCCUCAGGGUGACCCACUUACGGAUGAGGAAGGUGGCCUAGCUGGUUCAGUGGGGGAGCAAAUGCCAGCUGCCUCCUUCCCCCCAACCAAAGCCCCUUCCUGUGCCUGUGUGUUCUGCAGUUUGUGAUCCUGGGGUGGGGGGCGGGGAGCGGUUGUUGACCCUCAGCUUCCUCCAGGUAGUGAACCAGGCACUUCGCAGCUACAUCACUCGUCGGUGGGAUUGGAACCCAGGCCUGAGAGGUGCCAGCACAGCCUAGAAGCAUCUGUAGAGUCUUCUCCAUGUGUGGCCAGUGGGAUGCUAUGGAAUAUGACGAAAAGUUGGCCCGGUUCCGGCAGGCGCACCUCAACCCCUUCAACAAGCAGCCUGGGCCGAGGCAACAUGAGCAGGAGCCCGGUGAGGAGGCCCCGGACGUCGCCGUUGAAGAUACACAUUCCUCUGCAGCUGCAAACCGGACGGACGUCAGACCAAGCAGCGUCUCCUUCCCCCCUCCACCCCGGCCCCCCGCCCACAGAGGCCCUGCCCGAGCCGCCCCCGGGGGAGCCGGAGUUCCGCUGCACCGAGCGCGUGAUGGAUCUCGGCCUGUCUGAGGACCACUUCUCCCGGCCCGUGGGUCUGUUCCUGGCCUCCGACGUCCGGCAGCUGCAGCAGGCCAUCGAGGAGUGCAAGCGGGUGAUUCUGGAGCUGCCGGAACAGUCGGAGAAGCAGAAGGAUGCCGUGGUGCGGCUCAUCCACCUCCGGCUGAAGCUCCAGGAGCUGAAGGACCCCAACGAGGACGAGCCCAACCUCCGAGUGCUCCUCGACCACCGCUUCUAUAAGGAGAAGAGCAAGAGCGUCAAGCAGACCUGUGACAAGUGCAACACUAUCAUCUGGGGGCUCAUUCAGACCUGGUACACCUGCACAGGGUGUUGUUACCGCUGUCACAGCAAGUGCUUGGGCCUCAUCUCCAAGCCCUGCGUGAGCUCCAGAGUCAGCCACCAGGCCGAGUAUGAGCUGAACAUCUGUCCGGAGACGGGGCUGGACAGCCAGGAUUACCGCUGUGCUGAGUGCCGGGCACCCAUCUCUCUGCGGGGUGUGCCCAGCGAGGCGAGGCAGUGUGACUACACCGGCCAGUACUACUGCAGCCACUGCCACUGGAAUGACCUGGCCGUCAUCCCUGCCCGAGUCGUGCACAACUGGGACUUCGAGCCUCGCAAGGUGUCCCGCUGCAGCAUGCGCUACCUGGCGCUGAUGAUGUCUCGCCCAGUGCUCAGGCUCCGCGAGAUCAACCCGCUGCUGUUCAACUACGUGGAGGAGCUGAAGCUGCGCCAGGACAUCCUGCUCAUGAAGCCGUACUUCAUCACCUGCAAGGAGGCCAUGGAGGCACGUCUGCUGCUUCAGCUCCAGGACCGGCAGCACUUCGUGGAGAACGAUGAGAUGUACUCGGUGCAGGACCUCCUGGACGUGCGGCUGGGCCGGCUGGGCUGCUCCCUCACCGAGAUCCACACGCUGUUCGCCAAGCACAUCAAGCUGGACUGCGAGCGGUGCCAGGCCAAGGGCUUCGUGUGUGAGCUCUGCAGAGAGGGCGACGUUCUGUUCCCGUUUGACAGCCACACAUCCGUGUGCACCGACUGCUCAGCUGUCUUCCACAGGGACUGCUACUACGACAACUCCACCACGUGUCCCAAGUGCGCCCGGCUCAGCUUGCGGAAGCAGUCGCUCUUUCGGGAGCCUGGGCCGGACGUGGACGCCUGAGGCUGCAGGAGGACACCGGGUCCCCGCCUGGACUGCCUGUCCCUGACCCGCUGGCGUUGCCAAAGUCAAGUUGUUUGUUCCGCUCUGGAGACCCCGGGGUGAAGCCCCUGGACCUCUCCACCCCUGUGGGGGGAGGGAGGUGGUGAGCAGGACUGACCCCCCCCAGGUGCUUUGUGGCCCUUGGGGCGGCUGCACCUGGGACUCCGUGGAGUGAGGCAGGGCCUCCAACCUCCCCACGCACAGAGCCCUCCCUGCCCCGGGGCUAGGGCUUCUGGGCUCUGGAGGUGCCGCGGGCCCUGUCCCAGCCACCCUGGAAACUUGUCAGGCCAAGACCCCCAGAGGGCUUCAGAGCACUGGUCACCAUGACCUGAGUGUCGCCUGCAGUGACAGUUUGGGUUGUACCUGGAGGCUCCCAUUGCCUCCAGCCACUUGUCUCUGGGGCUUCUGGUUGUCCCUGGCCGGGGCCAUUCACGAUUGUCUCCCACGGACCUGGCCUGUCUUGGCCUCCUGGGGUUCUUCUGAGUCCUCCCCGGAGGACAGGGAGGGAAGGGGCCUGUGGAGCUUUCCCUCCUGGGCACCCCUGUAGCUGCUCCUGCCACGGCCCAGCCUGCCUCACCCUGGUUCUCCAGGUUGGGAGGCCGGGGGUCCAGCCUGAGGACAACAUCCCGGCCUCCAGGUGUGGUGCAGGGACUGUGCCCCAGGGGAGGUUCCAGGUUAGGCCACAGGGUCAUUUACGGUAAGCCCAGGUGGCAUUUCUCAGGACCAAAUCUGUCCCUGAGGAGCUGCGUCCCUGCUGCCCGUGGAGGUCUCUGGCUGGCUUGGAGAUGACCAGCCAGGGGUCUCUCAUGUGUUUGGUGCCGGUCACAAGCUGGGAGUAUUUGCUCUCUUCCUCCCCUGCCCCUCUGGAUGACAAAGUCUUUAAACAGAACCACGCGUGGGUCUUUAUACACGAACCUGGGCCUGAAGCCUGGAGCCCAUGCAGAAGGAGGAGGGCAGGGGGGUGUGGGAGGUCCCUCAUUCCACGUGACAAGGGGCCUCUGGACAGCAGACGAGACUCUUCAGUAGGGAAAGGGGCUCGCUUGGCCUCCGUAUUUGCACUUUAUAGGUCCUGCGUUGAGGGUAGGGGACUGUAGGUUAUAGAUCCGGCUGUAGGAGGGGACGUUACGGGACGUGGCUUCCCAGUCUUGCUCCUGGGAAGCAGAGGUGGCUGGCACCCUCCCUCCUCCUCUCCCUGGACUGUGCUUGGUUGUUGAUGCACAUGGGUGGCACACGUGGGCAGAGGGCAGGGACCGUAGCCGCUGGGACAGCCACUACCUUUGGCCGGGAAGCCCGGGAGGAGAUGCCUCAGUCGGCAGAAAGGCCAGCCGGGCUCAGUGGCCCCUGAGGGGUGGACAAAGACAGCAUGGCCUCAGCCCUGCCCUCUGCACCCUCAGGGACGGGCCGGUGUCGUUUCUCCCCACACCGUGGCUUUAGACGUGGCUCUUGCUGUCUGUUCUGUCUCCCUUUCCCCAUCUGGGGGACGGGGGCAGUGGUGUGGACCUGCCUCAGGGGGGAAUGGGGAGAAGGGAACUAAGUCCUUCAAAGAGGGAGCUGUCAGGUCGCGUCACUGGUGGGUCCCUGUCCUGCUUUCUCGUCUUUGGGGUGAAGAGGGGGUUAAAGGCCAAAUGCCCUUUUCCUACAUCCUUAAAUCUGCACAUUUCUCACAACUGCGUCACAUUCCCGUCCUGAGCAUCCGCCAUUCCCAAGUCUCCCGGGUAGUCAUCACGCCCCAGUCACAAAUCGCCGUGUCCGUAGAAAAAGCAGGCUGGCAUUUGCUGGACAAAGGGUUGGGUCAUCUUUUAAUCUACGCAACAUCUCUUCCUCACCGGCCCUUCUGGAUGACAAAGUCUCUGGACAGAAUCCCGUGUGGGCCUUUCUCCAUGUCCGCAGCACGGUAGGGAGAACCCGGCACGGAGAUGGUUUGCCCGGGCCGCAUCGCACACAAGAGCACACGCGAGGGCGAUUCUUUGGCCUGGGACUAGGCUGGCCCGAGGGAUGCCCAGCUGUAACAAUGCCACCGUCACUGUCUCAUUAAAGUGGUGUCCUAUAGA